UAAUCACUGCCCCACUUCCAAGCCGUCCUCCGACUCCUACCUUGAACGAAAAGAAAUCAUCCCAGCAGCUGCAAAUGCUUCUUCUCAAGUAACAUCCACACUCUCUUCCCCCAGCUACAAUUACCAAAGGGACAGCCACAUUGGUGGACUCUAAAACGGCAGCGUAGCUAUCUGACGACGCUCAGCGAAAAAAUGUUUAGGAACCAGUACGACACUGAUGUCACCACUUGGAGCCCCGCCGGUAGGCUCUUCCAGGUCGAAUAUGCUAUGGAGGCCGUCAAGCAGGGUUCGGCAGCAAUCGGACUCCGAUCUAGGGCCCACGUGGUUCUCGCUUGUGUCAACAAGGCUAAUUCCGAGCUUUCCUCCCACCAGAAGAAGAUCUUCAAGGUCGAUGACCACAUCGGCCUUGCCAUCGCCGGCCUUACAGCCGAUGGUCGCGUUCUUUCACGGUACAUGCGAUCCGAAUGCAUUAACUAUAGCUUCACGUACGAGUCCCCACUUCCGGUUGGUCGACUCGUCGUCCAACUCGCUGAUAAGGCUCAGGUAUGCACCCAACGCUCUUGGAAACGGCCCUAUGGUGUUGGGCUGCUUGUAGCCGGCUUGGAUGAAUCUGGAGCUCACCUCUACUACAAUUGCCCUAGUGGGAACUAUUUUGAAUAUCAAGCAUUUGCUAUUGGAUCUCGCUCACAAGCUGCAAAGACAUACUUGGAACGCAGGUUUGAGAACUUUACAGACUCCUCACGGGAAGAUCUGAUUAAGGACGCUCUCAUUGCAGUUAGGGAAACCUUACAAGGAGAAACACUCAAGAGUUCCAUUUGCACAAUUGCUGUAGUAGGAAUUGGGGAGGCAUUCCACACACUGGAUCAGGAAACUGUACAGCAGUUAAUUGAUGCAUUUGAGAUUGUUGCAGAGCCAGAGGCUCCUGCUGCUGAACCUGAUGCUGCUGCUGAGCAAGGUGAAGGCGCUGAUCAAGGAGCUGCUGCUGACCAGGGUGUGGCUCCAAUGGACAUAUGAGGAUGCAAGAAAGGACAGCUACUUCCCUGGGCUAGUUUUAGUUGAUGUUUCGAACAUGUUUUGCAGAAUUUAGUUGAAAAUGAAUGGCACUGUGGAAGACAAAUUCUUGGAUUAUUUUAUGCAAUUUAUCUUUGCCUCA